GACGUUUUGUGUUCUUGUAUUUGCAAAAUGACAGGAGACGUGGACGGGAGAAACUUAGACUCCACCUGACGCCUUAAACGCAUUUCACUGAAAACGCCGAGUUGUGUGUGGCCAAGCCAAGAAGAUACAAGAUACAAGUUAGUCCACCGUCACACAAACAGCAGUUGUAUCCAAAUGUAAAGCUGCUUUGCUGCCUCUUUCCGUUUCUGCAAGCCUUUGCCUGCUUUUGUCUAAAUUAGCACUUUUGGAUGAUUGAUUGACACUCACCUGUAGUGACGUAGGCAGUAUGCUUAAUGGGCGCCUUGGGAGCAGAGGAGGAAGUGAGUGAGUAAGAAGAAAUAUGUGACAGAGUGAAGCGGAGGACUACAGCUGUUAGAGCUGCGCUUCUCGGCCGGACAGCAGCAGCUCUCCAGAGAACCGGCGGACUCACCUGUGAUAUCAGUUAAUAAGUCGCUCGUCAGGUCGCCUCAAACAGACUCCUCCAAUGCAGAAGAGUUAGACCAGAUUGAGGUGUCAGCGGUGAGGACACAAUGUCCCACAGUCAGUCACACAGCAGCAUGAACGACCAGGUCCCUCUAAUUUUGGAGAGCCAUUUCUCCACAGAACUCCAUAUAUCUGAGCCUGGCGAUGAUUGCUGUGAGUCACAAAGCUCCCCCACAGUCCAAUGUGAAACCCCCCAGGAAGACGUAGUGGACAGGAUGGUAGUACCUCAGCAGGUGGUUCUGAGCACACAGAGUCCUGCAGCACUGAAGACCGGCACCAAACAACUCAUCCCCAAGAGUUUAGCUGUGGCAAGCCGGCCUAAGAACCGCCACCACACCACCGUGGUGACCUUCCCAGUGGGACUGGAGAACUCCAUCAGUGGAAUCCGUAACCGUCACUCAACCCAGGGGCCGGAUGUGUCCUGGGAGGAUUAUGACAGUGAUGGAGACGGCUUUGCUUUGAGGAGGAACCGCAGGAACAAGUCAUACCGAACAGCUGUGACUAGUCUGGACAUUGAUGCCAUGGCAGCAGGACAAGGGUCUGCAGCCACAUUGAAACCUGUCAGAGAAAACAGAGCACCCAGUCCUAAUCCAGCUCGCACUCCUGGGCGCAAGAGAACCUUUGGGAGAAAGAGGAACCAGAACCAACGUGGGUCCUUCAAAGAUGCUACACCUCGCCUCUACCAGGAGAUCCGUGAACGAGGGCUGCACUCCACCAACCAGGAUGAGCUGCUGGAUGACUUUGUGGUGGUGGAGCCUCCUGUUGAGGACCAGGGCAUCGUGGUGAAGAGCUACCGGCCAGCACAGCUCACCUGGAGCCAGCUGCCGCAGGUGAAGGACACGGGAAUCCUAAAUUUGAUUUCAUCUCAGGAGAGAAAGAGACAAGAGGCCAUUUUUGAGAUCAUCACAUCGGAGCAUUCGUACCUGCACAGCCUGGGCAUCCUGGUGCGUCACUUCAAGGAUAAUGAAGCUCUGAGGAAAACGAUGACGACCACAGAGCACCAUCACCUCUUCUCAAACAUUUCUGUCAUCCACAAAGUCAGCAAAGGGUUUUUUGAGGACCUUGAACGACGUCACUAUGAAAACCCAGUGAUCCGGGACAUUAGCGAUAUUGUUCAAAACCACGCAACCCACCACUUUGAACCCUACAUCGUCUACUGCUCCAAUGAGACCUUCCAGCAGAGGACGCUACAGAAGCUGCUGACCACCAACACUGCAUUUAAAGAGACCCUGAAGCAAAUAGAAGGGAGCAGUGACUGUGGAGGCCUGCCCAUGAUCUCCUUCCUCAUCCUCCCCAUGCAGCGAGUCACCAGACUGCCACUGCUACUGGAUACAAUCUGCCAGAAAACUCCAGACAGGACAGCAGAGUACUUUGCCGCUGUGUGGGCGCUGAAUGCCAUCAGCAAGUUGGUUGCCAGCUGCAAUGACGGAGCUAGGCGGAUGGAGAGGACAGAGCAGAUGUACACCAUCCAGAAACAGAUGGAUUUUGGUAAAAUCAAACCCUUUCCUCUGGUGUCCUCAUCACGUUGGCUGAAGAAGCGAGGUGAGCUGGCCGUCUGCACUGAAGAGCUCAGCAUCUGGAGGGCUUUCAGCACCAGGAGUUACUACCUUUUUCUCUACAAUGACGUGCUGAUUGUCACCAAGAAGAAGAGUGAGGAGAGCUUUGUGGUGAUGGACUAUGCCACUCUGGAGAAUGUGGAGGUGGAGGUUGGGGAGGAUACAGAAGCAUGGAUGUCUCCUCCUGCCAAGAACAGCUCCAGUCACUACCUUUCCUUCAGACUGCUAAUGGGCAGGAACAGUGAGGGGAGAGCUGAGCAGAUCUCCCUGGUGGCCGAGUCAAGGGUGGACCGGGCACGUUGGAUAGUGGCUCUUACAGAGCACAAGCAGGUAGAUGUCUCCACUCCUAUAGCUGGUCAGCCUCAGUAUGAAGCCACCAAAGCCUACAUGCCAAAGGAGCCCGAUGAGUUGGGACUGCAGCAGGCUGAGCUCGUCAUUGUCCUGCAGAAAGAGGAAGCAUGGUGCUAUGGGGAGAGAAUGCGAGAUGGAGAGAGGGGCUGGUUUCCUGCUAGCUGUGCCACAGAGAUCACCAACCCCAUGGCCAUGGAGAGCAACGUGCAGCGUAUGAGGCGGCUGCGCAAAGAGACCAAUGUUUGAGCGACUCCUGAAGGCUACGUGCUCAGCGUAGACAAAAUAUCAGAAACACCCUUCACUAAAUUGGUCAAGCUUAUAAUUUUCAGUUUUUGUUGAGACUGCAUUGCUGACGAAUCACUCUGAAAACAGAAAGACCAUUAAUUACUGCAACAGAGCUCCAGAAUGCCAUAACCAGUGUACUGAAAGACAUUAACCAGGAUAUUAAAAGCCUCAAAAAUGGCCAUUAGUCCUGAUUUGGUGCCCCAGUGACUUGAUGAAUACAACAGAACCACGAGGUUCCAGGUUUGAAUUCAGAUAGGGUCCAUGUUGCUCUACUAUCAGACCAUCUAAACCAUUUUAGAACAUGUCCAUCAGGUCGAACAAUUGUAUAAAAAUAAGUCUCAACAAAAGAUAACUUGUUGCCAGACUCUUGUAUAUUAAGGUAUUUUAGUCAACCUUUUCUAUGUGUAGGCAGUAACAAGCUGACAUUUGCAAUUGUGGGAUUUUCUGGCCUCAUUGACAUUUUACUCCACUUACACAGCACUACCCAUUUCCUUAUUGGUGUGAAUGUAAAUUUAAACUUACUAGCUUAAGUAAAUAAUGAAGCUCAGCUGCAGCCUAGGAAUUCAUUUAAAAUCUAAUAGCUACCAUACUUCAUUAUGUUGUCUACAUAUACUAUAGUAUGAGAAGUUUCAUGCAAAAAUAUUGACCUGUGCUACAUACAUUUUGCCUUCUUGAGUCUUGAACAUUUAAUUUAACAUCUUAUGUAAGAUUUCUGCAUUCUCCUCUUGUAAAAGAAAUGUGACCACAGAAUUAUCAAAGUUUUGGUUAAAUAUCUUCUAGUUAUAAAUGUAGUUUGACAUUAUGUGCCAUUGGUGAAUUUGGCUGAUUAAAUAUCUGCAUCAUAUAAGGUUUGUUUGUUCAAUUAUAUUAAUAUUUGAAAGAAAAACGUUGUGAUAAAAAAUUUGCUGGUGUGUGCCAUUGUUUAGUGCUCAUAUACUUGAAAAAUAAAAGUAAAGCCAACACUUGAACAUUC